AGUUAAACUAUUUAUGUUGACAUUUAUGCAUAAAUCGUUUACAUGUUAAAAUAUUUUUUCUUCGCACAUAUAUUUGACUAAUGAACGAUUACGAUAACAAUGUUAUAGCUAGCAUGCUAACAAGAGGCUAACGGUGAGGUUCGCUCGUGUUGAACAUCAGUUACCGGUGAUUUGUGCUUUUUUCUUGGCAUUCGGUGACUUUAGUUUGUGUUAGCUGAGUGAUCGGUAACAGGAUGGAGAAGGUGACAGGUGAGGGGACCGCGGAGUGUCCUGUGGUGUCGGAGGAGGUGGAGAGGAUCUGUGUGAUGCCAGACCUGAGCGCCAUAAAGACUGAGCAGUCGGUGGGUGGAACCCCCGAUGAUACAAACCCCCAAAAUGUGGCCAUGGGCAUCAAGUUUAUUCUGCCCAACCGCUUUGACAUGAACGUGUGCUCCAGAUUUGUCAAGUCUCUUAAUGAGGAGGAGAGCAAGAACAUCCAGGACCAGGUGAACUCCGAUCUGGAGGUGGCUUCGGUUUUAUUCAAAGCUGAGUGUAACAUUCAGACUUCACCCUCACCGGGUAUCCAGGUGCGCCAUGUUUACACCCCAUCCACCACAAAACACUUCUCCCCCAUCAAGCAGUCCACCACCCUCACCAACAAACACCGUGGAAACGAGGUGUCCUCCACACCUCUUCUGGUUCAUUCUUUGUCAAUUCAUCAGCUGGCAGCUCAAGGAGAAAUGGUGUUUCUGGUCAGCAGGAUAGAACAAGAAACCAUCAUCAACCUCCAAGACGAGGAAGGCUUCACCCCUCUGAUGUGGGCCGCAGCACACGGACAAAUUGCUGUUGUUGAGUUUCUUCUACAGAAUGGGGCCGACCCCAACCUGCUGGCCAAAGGGAGGGAAAGUGCUCUGUCUCUGGCCUGCAGUAAGGGUUACACCGACAUUGUAAAGAUGCUGAUUGACUGCGGAGUGGACGUCAACGAAUAUGACUGGAACGGAGGAGCUCCUCUGCUGUACGCUGUCCAUGGAAACCACGUGCGCUGUGUGGAGAUUUUAUUAGAGAGCGGCGCUGAUCCGACUGUGGAGUCUGAUUCUGGAUUCAACGCGAUGGACAUGGCUGUGGCCAUGGGCCAUCGGAAUGUUCAACAGGUGAUGGAGGCACACUUACUGAAGCUGCUCAUGGGAGUCAGAGAGUGAACUGAAGAACAGAUCCUGAACAACUCUUUUAGCCCACAGGAAGAUUUUUCAUCCAUCCAUCUCUACCCACUUCUUUUUGGGUCGCAGGGGUCAGCUGCAUUUUUACAAAAUUAUUUUACGUUUUGGACGCACAUAGUUUGUUCUGUGUGAAUUUUCAGUCAUACUGCACUUUAUUGUUCAGACCGCAAGAUUUCAUCACUGAUGAAAAGUGCACUGGAUUGUUUUUAACUUUAGUUUUACACCUUAAUUUAACUAGUUUUACCUACCCUGUUUAACAUGAGUUAAUUUUAAAACGUGUAUUUAAGUCUGAUGCUGAACAUCUGUCACAUGAAGCGUUGUCUGGACUGGAUUUAUUUAUUGGAGUUAUUUAGAUGUGUUGUGAAUUGAAGACUGCACACUGCACUUAAAUGAACGGGAUGUUUUGAUUUUUGUAUCACUGCACAUUAAGGCUGUUCCCUACUCCACAAGAACAAGAGAAAAUUGUUCUU